CAUCUCCUUGCGUUCAUCAGAACCCAGAACCUUCUCAAAACCCCGGGAACCCUUGGCGAGCGAGAGAACUCCAUGGAAGAAGUUCGCCGGAACCCGAGAAUCCCCGAGGACACCGUCUUUUACGCCAUCUACCCGGAUCUACCGCCGGACUUCCCGCCGGCUGAGGCCGCCGCUGCCCUCCGCUCCCUCCACCUUCACCUCAUCCAGUCCGUCCUCGCCCCCCACCUCCGUGACUACAUCUGGCAGCACGAGCCCUUCCACCUCUCUCUGCCCUCCUCUUCCUCGGUCGCCUCCAGCCACUGCUCCUUCUGCGGUUCCCCUUCCCUCCCCCACCUACACGGUAAGACCCGUUUCGGCGACAACCUCGAUGACGAGUGGUUCGUUGUCUUCCUCCUUUUCGAGGCCUCCCGCGCCGUCCCCUCCCUCUCCGCCCGCGUCUGGGACUCCGACGGCGAAUUCCUCCUCAUCGAGGCUGCCUUCUCCCUCCCCCGCUGGCUGGACCCCGACACCAGCACCAACCGUGUCUUCAUCCGCCGUGGCGACCUCCACAUCGUCCCCCGAGAUCGGUUCGCCUCGAACCCGCCCCUCGCCGCCGCCCUCGACGCGGUCCGGAGUGAUGACAUCGACACCAGGGCCUCCGAUGCGGUCCAGGCCGCCAUCAAUCGGAGGAUCUCCCGCUAUCCGGAGAGAGCUCGGGCUAACACGCACCGGGUUAGGGUUAGGGUUCCGUUGCCGGUGGCCCAGGUCUUAAAGCAUGAGCCUUGCUUGAUUUCGCUGGCGGUGGAGGGGUUCUACGACCGUGAUGUGGAUUCUAUGAAGCACGCAGCGCGGAUGGACAAGUUCUUGAGAAGCAACGGAGGAGGGAUCGAGAUGGUUAGGAUUUCAGUCCGGAUGUCAAGAGCGAUGUAUGCCCAAUUGGUGCAGCAGAACUUCCAGGCUCCAAGGUGCUAUCCGAUGCCAUCGAGGGAGGAGGGGCCGGCGGCUUACAUGGAGGUCGAAUUGGGGAUGAAGAUAGCUUGUGGAUUUGAGAUGAUGUACCAGGAGAGGCGUCGGGCUGGCAAAGAAGGAAAAGGGACCACUUGGGAGGCUUUCAAACGGAGUUUGGAGAACAGUGGGUGUUUUGAGGGCCUUCUUCCAGGAUCAAAAGAGUAUCAGAGGAUUAUGGAUAGUGCGUUGGAGUAUUACAAGAACAGUUCUCUAUCUUCUCGGACAAGGGAGAUUAUGAAUGCUCCAGUUCAGCGCAUAGAUGAAAUUCUUUCGAUGCCUUGUUCUGUUGAUGAUUUUGAGGGUGUCGAGCUUCCUCCAAAUGAUGAUGAUUCUUGGCUGUAUAAUGGAGAAGAUGAAUUAAACUCAGCCAUUUUGGAGAGGCAGAAGGAGAUGGAAAUUUACGAGGCUGAAAGGAAGCACAGAAAGGAUAAGCGGCAGAAAGACAUUGCUGAUGGUUCUAGUUCACUCUCAGAUGAUGUCAAUCUUGGAGACAUAGUGGAAUCUAUGCAAGCAUUUGUGCAGAAAGUUUCAAGCUUUGAAGGAGCAGAGGUUCCGCCAAACAGGAACUCAAAAACAGUGGAACUUGAUGCUGAUCAAUUCAUGAAAAUCAUGGGAUCAGUGAUAGGAGAAGAACCGCAUGAAGAAAUUGCCCGUGAUGCUGAUUUUGAAGGAGAUACCUCAUCAUCUGAUAUGGAUUUUGAAUUAGGAUGGUGUUCAACACCAUAUGAUUUUGCAGACGGUUCUGAAGAUGAAGGUGAUCUUGCUGAAGAUGGCAAUGGGGAUACAUUUAUGCAGUCCUAUUCUGAUGCUUUGAACAAAGAACUAAAUGAUACUACUCUGAAAAGAAGCUUCAUUCGUGCAAGUCAACAACACUCCAACAAUAGCAAUGAGGGGCCGUCAAAUGCUGGCAAGGACACGGAUGAGGAAUUAACCCCUGUGGAUGUGGAUGUAAACCUUGUGAAGAGCUUUCUUGAUUCAUUUUCUUCACAACAAGGCCUUGCGGGACCGGCUUCCAACGUGCUUGGACUCAUGGGUGUGAAGGUCCCGCCUGAUGCGAAAAAGAUGUAGUAUGUUCCUUUUGCAUGUGUAUGUUGUUGCAAUUAUGAAAAGAGUAUAUUUGUUUAUUUUCAAGUAGGAGGUAAAUGUACAAGUUAGUGCUGUAAGGGGUAAUUUAUAUGCAACGAGCUUCAUUCUCGUUGAAAACUGAGUGACUGCUUAAUAAUUCAAGAAGAAUCAUAUGUAUGUGUAUAAUCUCCAUUGCAA